CACACGCUCCGGAAGUGGGCGGUGCCUCCAGCAGUUUGUGUGGCGGCGGCCGCGGGAACGCUAACCCAGUAAUUUCACAGCAGAGAAAAGCGAGGUUUUGAGGCUUGCUGGCGUGGGAGUGAACGACUGUCCGGCCCUGGCGAUUGCCUUGUGGCGUGAGAGCCGGCAUGGAGUUUGAGGAGAGCGGGCCGCCGGACGGCGAGGCCGGGGCUCCGGCGCAGCGGCGGUGCGGGGAGGCGCGGCGUCCAGAUCCCGCGAAAAAGCAACCAUGCAGGUUUGAUGGCCAAGAAACAAAAGGACCUAAGUUCAUUACCUCCAAUGGAAGUGAUUUCAGUGACCCAGUUUACAAAGAGAUUGCUAUUACAAAUGGUUGUAUUAAUAGAAUGAGUAAGGAAGAACUCAGAGCUAAACUUUCAGAAUUCAAGCUUGAAACCAGAGGAGUAAAGGAUGUACUAAAGAAGAGACUGAAAAACUAUUAUAAGAAGCAGAAGCUGAUGUUGAAAGAGAGUAAUUGUGCUGACAGUUACUAUGACUACAUUUGUAUUAUUGACUUUGAAGCCACUUGUGAAGAGGGUAACCCACCUGAGUUUAUACAUGAAAUAAUUGAAUUUCCUGUUGUUUUAUUGAAUACGCACACCUUAGAAAUAGAAGAUACAUUUCAGCAAUAUGUGAGACCAGAAAUUAACACACAACUUUCUGAUUUUUGUAUCAGACUUACUGGAAUUACUCAGGAUCAGGUAGACAGAGCUGAUACUUUCCCUCAGGUACUGAAAAAAGUAAUUGACUGGAUGAAAUUGAAGGAGUUAGGAACAAAGUACAAAUAUUGCAUAUUAACGGAUGGUUCAUGGGAUAUGAGUAAGUUCUUGAACAUUCAGUGCCAACUCUGCAGACUCAAGUAUCCUUCUUUUGCUAAAAAGUGGAUCAAUGUUCGAAAGUCAUACGGAAACUUUUAUAAGGUUCCUAGAAGCCAAACCAAACUGACGAUAAUGCUUGAGAAAUUAGGAAUGGACUAUGAUGGUCGGCCUCACAGUGGUCUUGAUGAUUCUAAAAACAUUGCCAAAAUAGCAGUUCGAAUGCUUCAGGAUGGAUGUGAACUCCGAAUCAAUGAGAAAAUGCAUUCAGGACAGCUGAUGAGUGUGUCUUCUUCCUUACCAAUAGAGGGCACUCCAGCUCCACAAAUGCCACAUUUCAGAAAGUAGCAGCUUUUUGUUUGCGGAUCAUCCAAACUGGAGUUGCUCCAAAGCGGUAGCAAGAUGAAUACUGAUCAAAUUAGUCCUGCAGUGCAAACUUCAAGCACCUUAAACAUUUAUAAUCUUGUUAUUAUUGUGGAUAGAUAUUAUGUGUGUGAACAGAUUUUGUCACCAGCACUUUUGAUACGACCUUGUAUGUUACACAGUAACAAUUCCCACUUAGAACUGAAUUUUUUAAUUUAAGAUAUCUCUGAUGUGUUUUUAGUUUUAAAAUGCAUAAUUUUAUUGUUUCUUUAAAUGUCAUAGCUUUUUGAUGUUGAGAUGUAGGGUGUAUUUCUACAUUAACAUAUUAAAUCAUUUCUUAUUAAAAUACAAAAAGAUUGAAAGGCAGGCUUUGUCAUUGGGCUUUAUGACAAUCAUAGUUCAAGUCUUGAAAUUUAUAUGUGCAGUUCAACUGCAGUCCUCCCUCAUUACUGGGGGACUCAUUCCAGGACCCUGUGAGGACACCGAAGUCCCGAGGCUAGGAUCCUUCCUGUAAAAUGGCACAGUGUUUGCAUAUAUGGUACGCAUGUCCUCCCAUGUUACUUUGUCAUCUCUACAUAGUUACAGUACCUUACAAAAUGUAAGUACUAUGUAAAUAGCUUUUGAUGUGUUAUUUAGGGAAUAAAGACAAGGAAGAGAAGUCUGUAGAUGUUCUGUCCAGACAGAAACACAUGGGCCUAAUCAUACAUACCCAGCCGGUCGCCAGACGUGCAGUGGUAAAUUGUGAGCACUAGGGGGAACCCAGGAGCUGGGAGGCGGCAGGAUGCCAAAGCAGGGUGUGCCACACAGCGCCCCAUUUCUGUAGAUUCCACACAGUGCUGUGUACUUGGAAAAUUCCUGGUUGUGUCUUGGAGCUUUUUUUCCCUAUUUUUUACUCUGUGGCUGGCUGACUCCAUAACUUAAACAUUAUUAUUAUUAUGGAGAUAGGGAGGGCAAAGUAUACAUGGUAAGUUUCAUACAGUACCUGUCAUACACAUCUGCCUGUUUCUUUUAACUGAUAACAGGAAAAUUUGUGAUAGAUCAUAGGACCUGGUUCAAAAUUUAAUGCUAGUGAAAUUAAUGGAAAAUCAGAAGAAAGUACUCUUUGAAUGAAUGUCAUAAGGGUUAUAGCUCAAAUAUUAUAAUAUAUAAGUAAAUGUGUGGGGUUUUCUGUUUGGAUUUGGUUGUUUGGUUCCCCUCCCACCUAUGACUUACAUCUGUUCUACAUUUAAACGUAAGUGAUGGUGCUUUGAAAUAAACUUUGUAAGGUUGCAUCAUCGUUUAAUUUUACAUUUGUAUUCAGUAUUAUAAGGGAGAUUAAUAAAGCCAAAAUUUUCUAA